AUGCUUGGCACCAGAGUGGAAUCUUGGCUAACGGCGCACGCGCCGAUGUUUUUCAAACUAGAAUCAUUAGGAAUUAAAGAUGAUCCUUAUUGUUAUAAGGAAGAAAAAGCAUUGGAAAUAUUUAAUAAGACAGUUUGUUUUAAAGCUGGUCGCUACGAGGUUACUUUACCUUGGAAAAGGGACUGGAGGGAAUUAGCUGAUAAUUACCGAGUAUCGGAAAAUAGAUUAAAAGCUCUUGCAAAGCGAAUGAAUUAUGACAAAACACUGUUUUCUACAUAUAGUGAAAUAUUAGAUGAUUAUCUCAAGCAAGGUAUCAUUGAAAGAGUGUCAGAUGGAAAUAUACCUAUCGGUAAACCAUUGUUUUACCUACCACACCAACCUGUAUUUAGAGAAACCAGUGCUUCAACGAAGACUAGAAUGGUGUUUUGA